AUGGAAAGAAUUCAUGAGGGAGAUUUCACGAUCUUAAAAACUCUAUAUAAAACUGAUCAUGUAGAAGUAUUCAAAGCAGCAAUUACUAAAACUAACAAACUUAUAGCUGUUAAAAAGCUACUUGUUUCAUCUUUAGAUGAACUAAAUAACAUCUACAAAGAAGCUAUAGCAAUGGCAAAAUUAAAACACCCAAACAUCGUCAAUUUACGUAGCUGCAUAAUUGGAGGAAAAGGAUUAGAUCCAGAAUAUAUCCUUUUUAUCAUGGAUUACUAUCCAUGUGGUGACCUAAGUCGCGAAAUUCAUAAAAGAAUACCCAAUAACACUUUUUGAAGCGAGUUUGAGUUAUUAGAACUCAUGAAAUCUCUGAUAAAUGCUUAUAAAUUUUUGCAAGAAAAUGAUGUUGCCCAUAGAGAUAUUAAGCCAAAUAACAUUUUUGUGACUGAAGACAAUACACUAAAAAUAGCUGAUUUAGGAUCUGUUAGCAAUAGAAAAGGACUAAUUAAGCCAGUCUCUAUGAAUUUAACCAUAACAGGAACAAAAAGUUAUUUAAGUCCUAUACUAUGAACUGCUUAUAUACAAAUCUGCAAAGGCAUAAUCGAGACAAGAAAGGUUAGACACAAUCCUUUUAAGUCUGAUGUUUAUUCGCUUGGAUUAACAUUUCUUUAUAUGGCAAGCUUACAAAAAGUCAUAAGAUCUGAAGAAAUUGUGAAUAACAUUGAAAAAAAUAUAGGAAUUAUGAUUAAUCAACUUAAUUACAGCCAAAACUUAAAAAAUAUUUUAUUUCAGAUGCUCGCAUAUGAGGAAGAAAGUCGGCCAAAUUUUAUUGAGCUUGAUAGAGCUUUUAUGGAUCUAUUUUUUAUACAGCCUGCUAUUGAACAACAAAUAAAUAAUAAGAUCGAGGAAGAAAGAAAGGAUUCAAGAAUAAAAGUCAAAGAUUUUAAUGUUAGAAAUUUGCUAAGCAAUAGAAAAAUAGUGUGCAAAGUAUGUACUAGGAAAAAAGCUGUGAAUUUAAUAUCCGCAUCAAUAAAGGCAAUUAUUGAUUCUGAUUCUUUUGGUUGUCUGGCAGAGAGACUUUAUAUUUUGAAUGUGGUGCAUUGUAAAAUUACAAUUGGAAAAUUAAGCUAUAUUUGCGGAAUUUGUAAAGGAAAUAAUUGCGAAUAUAUUACGACUUGCUGCAGUAUUCUAACACAUCAAGCAUGCUAUAUAGGUAGUUGUGAACGUACAAAUAAGAGUCGAGCUGAAAAUCGAGGUUUAAAGUGCUGCUUUUGUCAAAAAUAUAAUCGCAGCGACAGAGAGAAUUUUCAUUCAUUUGAUUAUACGAGAUAUAUUUCAAUAAAUCCUCAAUAUGCUCCUUUAUAUCAAACCGCUAAAGCUCAGGAAGUAAGCAUAUCUGAAAAUGAUAAUGAACAGAGCCAGGAAAAAUUGAAUUUUUCUGAGAAAAGACAAAAUAGUUCUCCGAAUUUAGAAAUUCUGACAUCAUUAUGCUUUAUUUGCCGAAGAGGAAACGUCACUGUAGUGUCAUUUUCGUGUGGACACAAGUUUUGCAAAGAAUGUUUUUGUGCAAAAAUUAAUAAAUGCCGCAAAGAAAUUUGUUUUUCUUGUCCGAAAGAGUAUAAUUUUGAAGAAUUGCUGAUAAUAUUACAAAAAUUGAAAUGGAAUGUAAAUAGCUCUUAA